UGAUAUCACAAUUCAUACAUUUUACAAAACAAUACAAAAAGCAAAUAAACAUUUGCGAUAAAUAAAGCAAAAGAUACAAAAAUAAAUGUUAUAAUUGUGUGCUUAUCAACUGUGUCGCAAAAUAAAACAUGCUKGCUGGCAUAAUAUCCGAAAGAAAUGAGUAGUGGCAGGACGACUACGAAAGUGCGCACUUGAGCUGGUGUUAAAAGAAAACAAUUUGACCUCGUAAUAAAGCAUAUAUACCUGCUACACCAUGAGUUCUUUAUUCAACAGUUUUAGCAAAUUUUCUAGUAAACGCGAAAAUGCKAUUAAAGAAGCGCUUAUAAAUACGCUCGUAGAAAAUUCACGUGAAAUACAAUAUGAAGUGCAGCAGCUGGGGUGUGAAAGUUUGGAGGUAUGCGAAUCCACUAGCACGCUAUGCACGACAUUAGAAGCAAUUUUCCUGCAUGGCCUUAAGGAUUCAUUACUUUGGAAUACGAUAAAUGUGAUAGCAGGAGAUGAAGAACGACGGCCAGAGCCCAGUUUUUGGGCACCUUUAUUGAUAUUUAUGCACAAACAGGUUAUUGAGCAGGUGCAAACGCUUUCACAAAUCACUACCGAAAUUGGUCAGUGUCGCGCUUGGAUACGCCUCUCGCUUAACGAAUCUCUUUUUUCCGCCUAUUUAAAUAACAUGCGCAAAGGCAAUUCAUCGCUAAGUCCAUAUUAUAAAAAGUUUGCAUUACUCAAGGAUAGUGAUGGUCUGGAAAUGGCUGCGAAGACCAUGGAAGGCAUCGAAGCAAUUGUACAAUUUAAUCUGCCAGUGAAUUCUAGUUUGCUCAACUAUUGGCCCGAUUAUGCGUUGCAAUUGUCUGGGCUAUGGACACCACCGUUGAAAUCAUGUCCGAUAAGUAGUGGCGUAGACAUCGCCGACACACUUGGUGUYGAAGAUGCUGAGGUAGCUGAAGCCGUUGUAAUGCUGCCAACGCCACGUCCGAUAAGCACGAGUGAAGCUUUUUCGCAAAAGAUUGAGAAUUUACCCAUUUUARCAUCGCCGAACGCUGCAGAAAUCGCCGCACAACGCGAAAGUGUCGACUUACUCUUAAAAGCAGUUGAUGAAAUGCAAAUGAUAAGCGAAGAGAGUACAGAAGAAGCCGCUAACCAAAAUCAARCRGGCGACAAAAAUGCGCAAGAAGAUAAUGACUAUGCAUUAAACRGUCACAAAUCAAAGAAGAAACGCAAAAAAUCAAGGGAACUUGCGGAAGCGCGCAUACGCGACUACAUAACCGGUGAAUCAGGCUAUAAAACUGAGCCAACAACGCCCACAACGCCUGGUAACUCGCUACAGAAUUUAAUGUACACAUCGUGGUCGGGCGACGAAUCAUCUGUGUCCGAAUUGACUACACCUACCUUGGAGCGACCCUUAUAUAGACGUGCUUCAAGUAAUGCCAGUACGCUCAGUUACAAUACUUUGUUGGGCAMACAUGAACGCGAGAAGCUGCAGAUACAAAUAAAAAAUAAUGCUUUAACUGUAGAGCGCACGUGUGUGACUCAUGCGGAUGGUGAGGUUGCAACGGAGCACGAGGCCGAGAACAAUGGCAGCGAUUCAAACGAUAGUCGCUUGACCUUAGACUUCGAAGUGGUGCCUAAUUCUAAGCUGGAUCGMAUGAAUGUCAGCGAAAUACAAGAAAUGCUGGAGCAGAUGUACAAGCUGGCGCGGCAACCCGGUUUGGAUGCUCAAGGAUUUCUCUGCAAAUCAUGCCAACACCCUCUGGGCAUUGGUUACACGAACUUUCAAGUUUGCGGAUUCAGUGGCAAUUACUUUUGUGAUAACUGCAUGGAUAUGGAGCAGUUGAUGAUACCAGCAAAAAUCAUAUACAAUUGGGACUUUCGAAAGUAUUCGAYAUCGAAGCGCGCUGCAGUCUUCUUAGCCGAGUUCCGUAAUCAGCCGGUUAUAGAUUUGGAACUCUUGAACCCGGAAAUUUAUAACGCCUCCGAUGCCAUGGCCGACCUGCAAUCUUUGCGCAUACGUUUGAAUUUUCUACGCGCCUACCUAUACACCUGUGAGCCGAAAAGUAUACAACUACUGCAAUUGCAAUUCUAUGGACGCGAAUAUCUCUACGAGCACAUCCACUUAUAUUCCGUGAGCGAUUUACAUUUAAUAUUGCGUGGCACACUCUACCAACAGCUCCAAAAGGCAUACAAAAUCGGCGAGGGGCAUGUAUUGAAGUGUCCGUUGUGCAGCGUCAAAGGUUUCAUUUGUGAAAUUUGCAAGAGUUCGCGCGUGCUGUAUCCAUUUCACAUUGAAACAACAUACAGGUGUGAAAUUUGUGGCGCCGUCUUUCACGCACAAUGCCUCAACGAUCAACAGCCAUGCCCGAAAUGCGAACGCCGRCGUAAAAGAGAGGAGUUGGAUUUAGAAGAAGCAAAUUUUGCGGGAAACGCAGAGGAUUUGUCGGCAUCAACAACUCAAAUCGCUGUAAACGUGGAAGAAGUGAGAGAAAUGCAGGAAAGGCAAUAGAUUUAUUCUAUGUUUUAAAAUAUUUCAAGUAUAUACUACGCUGGGCAAAAACUAGUAAGACUUUAUUCAUAAUUUUAAAAUUCUUUAUGACAGACGUCACUGACAGUCACACCAAUCA